GUGCAGGUUUGUUACAUAGGUAAGCUUGUGUCAUCGGGGUUUGUUGUACAGAUUAUUUCAUCACCUAGUUAUUAAGUCUACUACCCAUUAGUUGUUUUUCCUGAUCCUCUCCCUCCUCCCACCCUCUGCCUUCUGAAAGGCCCCAGUGUAUAUUGUUCCCAUCUAUGUGUUCAUGUGUUCUCAUCAUUACCUUCCACUUAUAAGUGAGAACAUGCCAUUUCUGGUUUUCUGUUUCUGUGUUAGUUUGCUAAGGAUAAUGGCCUCCAACUCCAUACAUGUCCCUGCAAAGGACUUGAUGGCAUUCUUUUUCAUGGGUGCAUAGUAUUCUGUGGUGUCUAUGUACCACAUUUUCUUUAUCCAGUCUAUCACUGAUGGGCAUUUGGUUGAUUCCAUGUCUUUGCUCUUGUGGAUAGUGCUACAGUGAACAUACGUGUGCGUGUGUCUUUACAAUAGAAUGAUUUAUAUUUCUUUGGGUAUAUACCCAGUAAUAAGAUUGUGGGGUUGAAUGGUGUUUCUGUCUUUAGGUCUUUGGGGAAUGACCACACUGUCUUCCACAAUGGCUGAACUAAUUUACACUCCCAUACACCCUUCCAAGACUGAACCAGAAAUAAAUUGAAUCCCUGAACAGACCAAUAAUGAGUUCUGAAAUUGAGGCUGUAAUAAAUAGCCCACCAACCAAAAAAAGUCCAGGACCAGAUGAAUUUGCAGCUGAAUUCUACCAGAUGUACAAAGAAGAGCUGAUGCCACUCCUACUCAAACUAUUCCAAAACAUUGAAAAAGAGAGACUUCUCCCUAACUUAUUCUAUAAGGCCAGCAUUAUACUUAUAAGCAAAACCUGGCAGUUAUAUAACAAAAAAAGAUAAUUCAGGCCAAUAUCCUUAAUGUAAUGAACAUCAAUGCAAAAAUCCUCAGCAAAAUACUGGCAAAUUGAAUCCAGCAGCACAAGAAAAAGCUUAUCCAUCAUGAUCAAGUAGGCAUCAUCCCCGGGAUGCAAGGUUGGUUCAACAAGGUUGGUAUCACAAUCAAUAAAUGUGAUUCAUCACACAAACAGAACUGAAGACAAAAAACAUGAUUAUCUCAAUAGAUGCAGAGAAAGCUUUUGAUAAAAUUCAAAAUCCAUGCUAAAAUCCCUUAAUAAACUGGGUAUUGGAAGAACAUACCUCAAAAUAGUAAGAUCCAUCUGAGUCUGUUCUGACUUGCGGCAGCCGCCCCCUUCUGCACAGUCAUGCCAAGUCAGCGCCUGGGCCUGGAACCUGGCCACAGCCCCUCAGCUUCGCCCACCGCCUCCUGACCAUGGAACCCCGCAAAGUGAACGAGCUUCGGGCCUUUGUGAAAAUGUGUAAGCAGGAUCCGAGCAUUCUGCACACCGAGGAAAUGUGCUUCCUGAGGGUGUGGGUGGAGAGUAUGGGGGGUAAAGUACCACCUGCUACUCAGAAAGCUAAAUCAGACGAAAAUACCAAGGAAGAAAAACCUGAUAGUAAGAAAGUGGAGGAAGACUUAAAGGCAGACAAACCAUCAAGUGAGGAAAGUGAUCUAGAAAUUGAUAAUGAAGGUGUGAUUGAACCAGACACUGAUGCCCCUCAAGAAAUGAGAGAUGAAAAUGCAGAGAUAACAGAGGAGAUGAUGGAUCAGGCAAAUGAUAAGAAAGUAGCUGCUAUUGAAGCCCUAAAUGAUGGUGAACUGCAGAAAGCCAUUGACGUUUUCACAGAUGCCAUUAAGCUGAAUCCUCACUUGGCCAUUUUGUAUGCCAAGAGGGCCAGUGUCUUUGUCAAAUUACAGAAGCCAAAUGCUGCCAUCCAACACUGUGACAGAGCCAUUGAAAUAAAUCCUGAUUCAGCUCAGCCUUACAAGUGGCGAGGGAAAGCACACAGGCUUCCAGGCCACUGGAAAGGAGCAGCCCAUGAUCUUGCCCUUGUCUGUAAAUUGGAGUAUGAUGAAGAUGCUAGUGCAACACUGAAAGAAGUUCAAUUUAGGGCACAGAAAAGUGCAAAACAUCGGAGAAAGUAUGAGCAAAAAUGUGAAGAGUGAGAGAUCAAAGAAAGAAUAGAAAGAGUUAAGAAGGCACGAGAAGAGCAUGAGAGAGCCCAGAGGGAGGAAGCAGCCAGACAACAGUCAGGAGCUCAGUAUGGCUCUUUUCCAGGUGGCUUUCCUGGGGUAAUGCCUGGUAAUUUUCCUGGAAGAAUGCCUGGAAUGGGAGGGGGCAUACCAGGAGUGGCCAGAAUGCCUGGGCUUAAUGAAAUUCUUAGUGAUCCAGAGGUUUUUACAGCCAUGCAGGAUCCAGAAGUUAUGGUGGGCUUCCAGGAUGUGGCUCAGAACCCAGCAAAUAUAUCAAAAUACCAGAGCAACCCAAAGGUUAUGAAUCUUAUCAGUAAAUUGUGAGCCAAAUUUGGAGGUCAAGCAUAAUGCCCUUCUGAUAAAUAAAGCCCUUGCUGGAGGAAAAGCAACCAAGAUCACCUUACAGAUGUCACAAUAAUACAAACCAGUGUACC